AGGUAGAACUGCAGAUAUAGGAUCUAAUCCCUGGAUGGCCUACUUGCACAAAAACUCGUCUUUAGUUUGUGCAGGCACAUUGAUCACAAAAAGUUUGUACCUUCGAAAUUUUGUGCAUUGUAUUUAACAAUGAUUUUCCUAGGGUUUGUACUCACCGCAGCGCACUGCCUGCACAACUUCCAUUUGUUAACGGUUCGCCUUGGGGAAUACGACACAUCUACACGCAUCGAUUGUACAUCUGAGUUCUGUAUUCCAACGUAUGAGGAGUACAGCGUAGUGAACGUCUACAUCCAUAAAUUCUUUGAUGAAGGACAAAACGGUCGGAACGACAUAGGAUUGCUUAAACUAAAUGGAAGCGUCGUUUACAAAUUGUUCAUUCGACCAAUUUGUCUGUUCCGGGUUCCAGACGAAGUACCCUAUAUUUCCACCUACAAGGCCGCUGGAUGGGGUAAGACUGAUCUAUUCAACACCGCCACAGUUCUGCAAACAGUGAAUCUGAUCAGGCUUGACCAAAGCGACUGUGAGCGAUCCCUGCGCACUUCGCUUUCAUACGGUCAAUUCUGCGCUGGACAGUGGCGGGCGGACACCUGUAGCGGUGACUCAGGUGGUCCGCUGUCGAGUAAAAUGUCAAAUGGCCGCAUAACCCGCACCGUUCAGCUAGGUAUUGUCAGCUAUGGUCACAACGUGUGUCGAGGGCCAGGAGUCUACACAGACGUUCCAAGUUUUACGAACUGGAUACUGAGUAUUACCCGCUGGACUCAAAACUGAUUUAACAAAAAAAAUGUAUAGCAUAUUGAAUUAAACAUAAAAGAUCACUUACCUGAA